AGAGGUGAUACCGCGUUGGAAGUUUGGAAAAGCGGGGAGGAGGAAAUCUUCGCUCACCGCUUGUUCGCUGCUGCUUCGCAAUCCCGUGUGUCGGUCCGUGUAGUGCGUGAGACUGGGCUGCUUGCUGUUGAAUAAUCGUACCCAUCGUCGAAACACCGUAAGGUCGACCGCUACACACUUUCUCCGCAGAUAACGGGGUCCCACUUUGGUAGACGGAAGUGCCACGGGUUACUAUAGCAGCAAACAUGGAGAUCGAAUUUUUGGACGCCAAAUCGUCGAAAUCGCUGGGCAAGUGUCGCGUGUCGGGCGACACCACACUGCAAGCGCUCAAGACGGAGGUGCAAAAGCUGAAGCCUGCCCUGACCGUGCACCGCCAGUCGCUCCGGCUGGAACCGCGCGGCAAGCCGCCAAAGGAAAGCGAAACGCUGAAAUCGCUCAAUGUCGCGGCCGGCGGCAAAAUCUACGUGCGCGAUCUCGGCCCACAAAUCAGCUGGAAGGGCGUCUUCCUGGCGGAGUACGCAGGGCCAAUCUUUGUUUAUAUGCUCUUCUACCAGCGCCCUUCGUUCAUCUACUCAAAUGCGGACAAUCCGAUGAGUCUUACCGCCAAAAUUGCGGCUGCAUGCUGGGUGGGACAUUACACUAAGCGUCUUCUGGAGACACUUUUUGUGCACCGUUUCUCCCAUGCGACGAUGCCCCUGAGGAAUCUGUUCAAAAACUGUUCGUACUACUGGGCGUUCGCUGGCUACGUGGCCUAUCACGUAAACCAUCCGCUGUUCACGGAACCUUCCCCCGCCCUGGUGUAUGCUGGGUUGGCCACCUUUGUGGUAAGCGAGCUGGGCAACUUUUCCAUCCAUAUUCUGCUGCGGAACUUGCGACCGGCAGGCUCGAACGUGAGGAAAAUCCCCGUCCCGGAUGCCAAUCCACUCACGCAGUUGUUCAACUUCGUCUCGUGCCCGAACUACACGUACGAGUUCUUCUCGUGGGUCGGCUACACCCUGAUGACGUCCUGCAUUCCGGCCGGUUUGUUCGCGGCCGCCGGCAUGUACCAGAUGACCGUGUGGGCCCUCGGCAAGCACCGCAACUACAAGAAAGAGUUCAAAGACUAUCCGAAGAGCCGCAAAGCUAUCCUUCCGUUUGUGCUCUAAGUUAAUGGGCGAUGGUUUACUAAUUUACGAAGAACCAAAACAAAGAACAAACAUAAGACAAAGCAGAGUCCGGGGUUAGAGAGAAAGAGAGAGAGAUUACGUUUUGGUAUUUUUCUACAUUAAGCAAAGGGAGUGGGAAUACGUUUUGAGCUAUUAAUUUAAUGUUUGCCGUUUACUUAUUAAACAUAGCUGUUUCUUUGUUUGUUUUCUGCGGUUGAGGUAACAUUUCCCUGCUCAGAUGGAAAAUUGUCACAUUUAUAAGAUUUAGACGUUCACAUAUUUCUUAUAAUUUUUUUUUUUGUAAAAUCAUUCACGAAAGACAGCAACCAACCAAACACGUUUUCUUGGGCGUUUAUUAGGAUUUCAAAUAUGAAUAGCUUUUUGAUUUACUGGUAAUUGUUUGCAGUCACAAGAUGAAGUGUGGUCAUAUCCCUUCGCAACAGCAUUCCUGGAGCCGCAUUUAUAAAUUGCCUUAACGAAACAUACUCAAGUUGAAACACAUGGAACGUUCAUUCCUUCGAUCACAUCGUUUUGGCAGAACUGUUUGGUGGAAUAUGACAAAAGGGCGGCAUUGACAACACUUCACAGAAGUAGACCUAUAUUCAAUAAGAGGAAAUGCAAAGCAGUGACAAAAUAAAUACAUUAAAGAAUACAAAACAAUA